AUGGCAUCGAAUGUACGCAUUGUGCCACUCUCACAGCCUGACGGAAGCCACAUCAACUUUGGCGCCUUGGUCGAAAAUGUGGAUCUAGAGACCUUGACGGACGAGCAGUUUGAGGUGAUUCACGAUGGACUGUACAAGCACCAAGUGCUUGUAUUCAAGAACCAGGGCCACGUCACGCCCAAGACGCAGUACGAGCUAACGAAGCGAUUUGACCCCGCAUCCGACACCUACGGCCACGGAACGGAUGUAUCAAGCACGGCGAAGAGUAUUUUGCAUCCGGACUUGAAAACCAUCCCCCACCAGCCCCAAGUGCAGGUGAUUGGCCAUGGCUUUGUGAAAGAGUUUGAGGGGCUAAAGGAUAUCACACUUAGGCAUCCGCACCACCGUACGUUUCAUAAAGACCGGAUUCCCGAAGAUAAAGAUCUAGAUUAUACGCGCUUUUAUCGGUGGCACAUUGAUGCUGCCUUGUACGGCCGACACCCACCCAAAGUAACCACGCUCCUAGCUGUGUCAGUACCUGCAGGCCGUCGGCAGACGCUGUUGUAUGAUGAUGGCACAGGGGAGACGCUGGACGUGCCACUAGGGACCACUGCUUUUGUGAGUGGAGAGACGAUGUACGAAAGGCUCAGUGAGGAUGAGAAGGCGUUUGUGCGCGAGAGCAAGGUCGAAUAUGCACCGCAUCCCUAUGUAUGGAUGGGCAAGUGCCGCUCGCUCUCCACGGGAUUAGGUCUUCACAGUGAAGGGUUGGAGUUGAAAAAGGAGGAGCUACCGCCGAUUGAGGCGGACAAAAUCCAGAUUCUGCCGAUGGUAUGGAAGAACCCCCUCACAGGCAAGCUGGCUGUACAAAUCCAUCCUUCCGCUAUGCGCAAAAUUCAUCGGAAAGAUGGAAGUGUCAUCGACGAUCUUCGUGAAGUGCGGGAGAUUGUAUACAAUCUUCAACGUCCUGCCAUUAGCCCAUCGUACGUCUACCCCCACGACUGGGAGGAAGGCGACUUGGUCCUCUUCCAUAACCGAGGUGUCCUACACACUGUCGUCGGCGCAUUUUCUGACAAAGAAGUACGAAUUUUCCGCCAGUGCAACUUGGCAGCGUCCGAAGGGGUCAAAGGGGCUGUUUAG